GAAUUCUUAGCUCUAUAUGAAUAAAUAGGCAGGUUAUCUUUGUUUUAAAGCCCCGAGUAGAUAUAAAGCCGAUCGUAUGCGUUGGGAUUUAUUCAGUUGGGGCAUAUACUGUCCUGUGGUCGUUACAUUAACGCAGAUAUAAUCAAUAGUCAAGAUGGCCACAAAAAAGUUUGCCGGUCCUUCAGCGUAUAAGCUCCAACAGCCUGGACCACCUGAAGUUGAUUUUCUUUUCACUGAAUUUUUGAACAAUGUAGCCGCCGAUGUAAGCACCAAGGAGACGAGGGAACCUGUUGUCGCUGCUGUCUUCGGUCUCGGGCGAGCUGGUGCCAUCCACAUGGCAACUAUCAACCGCAACUCUCGUAUCAAAGUCAAAUAUAUUGUUGACGACCGCAAAGAUAAAUUUGACGAGUUCAAAAAGUUCUGGGCUUUCAGUGACGACAUUACUUUCCUCACUCCAAAAGAAAGCGAAAAAGUAUACAAUGAUAAGUCAGUAAAUACUGUCUUCGUUUUCACGCCAACGACAACGCAUCACCAAAUCGUUGUCAACUCCCUCUCCAAUGGAAAAGAUGUUUUCUGUGAAAAACCUAUCGCAGAAACGGCCGAAGAAACCAAAAAGUGUUAUGAACUUGCAAAACAAAAGGGCCGUACAUUGUUUGCAGCGUUUAUGCGUCGUUUUGACCCGGCCUAUAGGGACCUAAAGAACAGAAUUCGUAGAGGCGAUCUUGGACACGUCCAAAUUGUCAAAGGCACAACAAGGGACUCACCUCUCCCACCCAUCGAAUACCUCAAGACCUCAGGUGGUGUAUUUUUCGACUGCUUGGUGCACGACUUCGACAUGUUCCUCUGGUUGCUGGGAGAAGUACCCACCCGUGUACAAGUAUCUGCAUCUGCUCUUAUGGAAGAAAUCAAGGCUAUAAAUGACUUUGACACAAUUGCAACUAUCCUCACUUUCCCAUCUGGAGCAGUCGCUAUUCUGGACAAUAGCCGAUACAGCUCUUAUGGUAUCGAUCAGCGUUUAGAGGUGUUUGGAAACAAAGGAAUGAUCAAGGUUGAUAACCAGAGACCAUCACAUUCGACGGAAUAUUUAAUUGGACAAGAAGGUGUUAAGUUCAACCCAAUCUACUACUCCUUCCCGUCUCGGUAUAAGUUGGCCUACCAACGCGAAUUGGAACAUUUCUUGGACGUCAUUCAAUAUGGGGCACCUAUUGAUGUGAACAGCUGGCAAAUAUUAGCCGUGAGCAAGGUUGUCGCCGCCGCUGAAAAGAGUGCUAGAACUGGAGAAACCGUAUACAUUGAUUGGAGCAAAGAUGACAUCCCAGCUGAAUAUUCGUAACUUUCUUUAACUGACCAUAGACUUCUCUCGUAUAUGUAAUAUAAAUUUAAACUGAA